UCUUCUUAACAACAACACUUAACCUCACACGAAUAUUCGUGCUUUGCUGUCUUCAUGUCUCUUAAACCAAUAUAACAAACAAUUAUUCCUAAUUUUCUUAAUAACAACAAUUAAUUAUUAUUUAACCUUGUUUUUGUCUCCUAAUUUUCUCACCACACUUUGAUUGAUUUCAAGCUCCCUUAAAUUCUCGCCCUGCUUUUUGCAGGAAAACGCAGGGUGAGGUGAUAUUAAUGUCACAUUAAUUUUAAUUAAUAUCACAUUAGUUUUAAUACAACCUUCCUCUUUCUUCAACCUUUAACACUCAUUUCAAUGGAGACAAAGGUUGAAAACGCAAUCAUUAACUUUAAUCCAAACACAACCGUUGAUGAAAAUCCUCAACCAAAAGCCAUCAUCAAGAACAAACGAUCAAAGAAUUUCUUUAAGGUUGCACUCUUCAUGAUGCGAGGGCAUUCUCGUAAAUCAUCGAAAGCGAUUCUCCCGGUUGAUGACGAGUCGAAAAGCAUGUGGAGGAAGCUUGUUGGGUCCAUGAGACCUAUGCAUCUUCAAAGCAAUAAAUCUCCACCGCAAAUUCUCAACGGUCAGAAUAAUCUUAAACAUGUGAAAGUGGUCGUUGAAACUGCUAAUGAUCAUGAAGGUGAGGAGGAUGGGUUUCAUCUUGCGUAUACGCCGUCUCCAGCGAGUAGCCGACACGCAUCGGCGGCUAGUAGCCGAUACGCUUCGGCGGUGGGACUUAAUGAAAUGGUUGAGGAGGAGAAAGAGGAAGAGAUUGUGAAUAAGGGUAGUGAUGAGAAUUAUGGGGAUGAUGGUGAUGACAUGAUUGAUGCAAAAGCUGAUGAGUUUAUCGCUCAUUUUUAUCAAGAAAUGAGGUUGCAGCGUAUGGAUGUUGUGGACCAUCGUUACAAUGAGUUAAGUAUGAGGUCAUUAGGCUUAUGAUCUGCAUGUUAAUAGCAAUGAUCAUGAGUGUUAUGGUUUCAUUCUUUGUUUAAUUGCACGUGCAUGCAUGCAUGCACGAGAUAUCUGUCGGUUCAUCUCCCCUUAAUUCUUUUUGUUUGGUUUUUGUUUUUUGUUUUUGCGUAGAAAGAUGUGCUUGUAAAGCUCUCUCAAAAACAUUAAAAAAAUAUGUAUACGUCCUGAAAAAAUGUAAAGUGUAUAGAGCUUGUAACUUUUUUUUGAUAAAAUGAUUAUAUUAUUGAGGAAAAAAAUUCAA